UCCGGCUCCGGCUUUCGUGCCCGAGCCACUCCGACCAAACACCACGUGGCACGCGUCCGAGUUGCACGUGCAUUCGCGGAGCUGCGAGAGCCCGGUGCGCGCGCGAGAACGGGCGCUUGCGAGAGAGCUUGCGAGGAGUCGGAGCGACGGUGUUCUCGCCGGGGAGAGCGGAGAGCGUGUCUCUCCUCAUCGCGGAGAAUCCCCGUUUCCUUUUCACGCGAGCUCCUUGAACAGCUUCUUUCUGUACCGCGGUCUCUCGACUACUCCGUUACUCCCUUGCUCUUUCGCCCUCCCUCUCGGUUUCUUAUCUUUCUCUCUUCUUCUCCUCGGAUCCCUCUUUAUACUUUUCGACGCGUUUUAUAUAAAUGAUCAAUUGACUCACUGUCAUAUUGUCAUAUUGUACCGUUGUGACGUGAGAUUUAACUGUGCUUCGAUAAACCCGCUGAGAUCGACUCUUUCAUCUUCACUGAGAGUCAAGAGCUAUUGGCAAGACCAGAUUUCAACGAGUGACGGACGAGGCGAUAAAAUGACUAUGGAUGGGAGCAAAAGCGAACCGGGCAAGAACGGGGCCACUCAACAGGAAUGCGCGGGUUGCGGAAAGACGAUUACGGAGAGAUAUCUUCUGAAAGCAUUGGACAUGUAUUGGCACGAAGACUGCUUGAAAUGUGGAUGUUGCGACUGCAGGCUUGGCGAGGUCGGUUCGACGCUCUACACCAAGGCUAAUCUCAUCCUUUGUAAAAGAGACUAUCUACGACUCUUUGGAAAUACCGGUCAUUGCGCAGCGUGCAGCAAAGUUAUUCCAGCUUUCGAGAUGGUGAUGCGCGCGAGGACCAACGUUUACCACUUGGAAUGUUUCGCUUGUCAACAGUGCAAUCACAGAUUUUGCGUGGGCGACAGAUUUUAUCUCUGUGAUAACAAGAUCCUCUGCGAGUACGAUUACGAAGAGAGGCUGGUUUUCGCCAAUAUGGCUCUACAUCCUCCGCCUAGCGCGACUCUGGCACACAUCAAGAGACAAGUGACCCAUCUUGCGCCGCAGAACGUAGCGGGUGGGCCUCAGCGACAGGCGAACGGGGAAGCGGCGGCCCACAACCACAACGGAUAUCCAGCGCCAGCCAGCUCGAGCGCCCAUAACGUCCUGAACCCCAUGAAUAAUUUAAACGGUAUCAAUGCGCAAGCAUCGUACGAUGCCAAAUGACAAACGAAGUAAGCGCCGAUAUAUCGAUUGAGUCGCACGAGGGGGUCGACUCGUGUGUGCCGUUCGCAUUGUCUUCGUGGUUUUACCCGCGCUGAUCGUCCGAACUGUCGUCCUAACUUUAGCACGCGACCCACGGCAAAUUGCAAGAUUGCGCAUAUUCGGAUAUCCUUUAACUGUCGAGAAAAAAAAGUUAUCGCGAACAGAAAAGUGUUACCGCGUAUAGAUAUGUAUUAUAUAAUCGCAUUAAACAAUCCGCUUCUUGUCGCGAUCGGGCGAACUUGAAGUUUAUGUAAAUAGAAGACAACCAUAAAAAUAUGAUAGUGUUGCAGAUAACGCGAGUUAAGUGGCAUAGGAGAAUUUUAAUGCAUAUCUGACAAAAUAGAAAACGAUUAAUAAAAAUGUAUAUCGCGUUUCCCCGUCUUUGAAAUUAACAUUUUUGAAUAAAUGACCAGAUUGCCAACGCUGCUAUUUCUCCUACGCUAUCUUAUAGGCGUCGUUUGGCGAAUGCGUAUUUCCCGGACGAAUUAUUAUUCCGUCUUCUCGAAUAGAAUCUCUCCAAUAUAAGAUAGGACGUGAGGGAAGAAUAUAUAAAUCCAAAAUGCGUCUUUCGUUCUUACAUUUAAUUAGAUUCAUAUAUCCGAACGAAUUCGUCUUCCCCACGCUCGACUGGUUAGACGAUAAAUAAGUAGAUAGUUAAAUAGAUAAGUAUAUAGAUAGAUAACUAACGGAACGUAUAUUGGCCAACUAUGGCGAACUAUUGGUGCUCUUUAGAUUAUAACUGAUCGGAGUUUGCAUGAUUCAAUUCAGACUGCUAAAGCGUAUCGCUAAAGAUAAGAUCGAGAAAGAAAUCAGAAGUAAGACCUGCGUGGAAAUUUACGGGCUAGAGAAGAAUUCCCGUCGCGAUUCUUCCCGGAUUUAUCCGCUUUCAUGAAACCCUACGGUAAGCGUAUCGACUUUCGGUCGGUGUAAGAUAUCUUUAACAGCCGGCGUGUCAUGAAUCGAAGUCCGAAACUUCGCGGUGGUAAAUAAAGUUUGGCGCAUUUAACGUUCGCCUCUCCGAGGACGGUGAGUUGUCGGUGAGGAGAUACACAGGAUGACCCCUCGGAGGGCCCUGCUCCUGCCGGACGGGCAUCGAGAACGAGAUCGAAUCGACGGACUUCGAGAAAGCGACUGCAGCAGCAGCAGCAGCAGCAGCAGCAACCGCUCGCUAGCUCGCCACCCCAUGGGGCUCAUACGUUAAGGGUGACUUAAGCAUUGUUUCAACUUCGAAUCUCCCGGCAGAGGCCCAGAUUGAUGUCGCGAACUUUUCCACUGCCUUAUUUGCGAGUCAGAUAACGAGACUGAGUUAUGCCCAAAGUUCUCUCUUGAUCUCUCUCUCUUUCUCCGGCCCGUGCUGAUCGUAUCGGAUCACGAGGAAUACCCAGUCGAAAAGGAUGUUUUAUUUCCUUCCUCUUCGGGGAUUCAUCGUUGAUGCCAAAAGUACCUACGUCGAACGGUAAUAGGUUGGCAGCUGCGCCGAGAAACUGCUAAGGACUAAUCCUUAAGAAACGCGAUCUUCGUGGUUUUCAUUCCGGUGAAAAUCACGCAAAUCUCACAAAUAAGAAAAAAAAUCUUUGUUGCUUGCGAUUGGCAAUAAUUAUUGUUUAUUAUUAACGACAAGAAAAGGUUUAAUAAAUAUAUAUUGAACUGUAACUUUGCGAAACUAAUUGAAGUUGACUAUGAGUUCAUUGUUAAUAAAUUGCGUUAACAAAUAUUUUCUUAUGCUACAUUAUUUUUUUAUGUUACAUGAUAAUAUACAAUUUUAUAUGAAUGACAGUAUAAAUAACUUGAUUUCUCAAUAUUUUCUACAUCUUCUGUAAUACCUUCUGCACAGUUUUGUAAUUUUCUUUUGAAAUACGUUAAGAAAUAUGUAUAUGUAUAUAAAUAUUAAAAAUAGCCGCAUCUUUGAAUUACUAUAAAUAAUAUCACAUGUACCAUAAUUAAUAACGAGUGCCAAUUUAUCAGGGCACUUUAACCUUUCUUCGCAAAUAAAAGCAUCAUACAAGUACGCAUUUAUUUCAAUCUGCAAAAAUUGAUUUGGUAAUCGUCUCAAAUUGUCAAGACGACAAGAGAGAACUAUUGCCGACUUGUUACUUGCCGAGUUUAUAUUUUGAUACGACGACACUAUCGACGAUAGCCUCUACACGAGUUGCAUUCUCUACCCAGCGCAUUAAAGUCGCCCGAACUGAACCAGAUUCCUUUCGACAUUUAAACAUGUCUUGACGACUGUAACAAAUAAUCUUCUCGCAAAAUAUAUGGCGAUUUCAGAAUAAAACCAGCAUAGUUCCUAAAACGCGAAAGAUCUUCGACGCGCAGUGACUACGAUCGCUAAAAACACAUUUGUAUCAUACUAUGCGACUAUCGAAUGAACGUUUAACAAAGCACAGCCAGUGCGAGCAUCGGAGCCCUUUUGUACAUUAUACCCUAUACAGUAUCGCUUUCUACAUCCCCGUAAAUCUUGCAUUAGCAGCGCUAUUAUGGAUUCAGUUAUACUGAUCGCGCUUGGAUCACAAUGUACGAAAGAACCGAGGUCAUUAAUUAAGGAAGUGUGUGUACGUUCGCUAGUAUGUAGAUACGUUUUGUAUUUAUAGGUCUAUCAUAGAGGUAUUAAUAAAUUUGUUUCGAUGUUAUGCAAAAAA